UUUGCAGAGUGUGCUCUCUCUCUCUUGUUACGUAGUGCACUGUACAGAUGUUUUUGUAAUGUAAAUAGUCGUACCAUUGAUAAUAAUUCAAUACGAAGAUUUAGUAUUUUUAAUGAGAUAAGAACUGCACUUUAAACUCAUUCACAGUGGAGCGUGUGAACAUUAAUCAUGUCUGGAUACGGGAAAUUCGGAGCGUUAAUUGGUGCCAUUGACGAGGGCACUUCAAGUGCGCGUUUUAUAAUUUUCAAAGCGAAUUCAUCGGAAGUUGUAGCAUAUCAUCAAAAAGAACUUGAACAACAUUUUCCCCAAGAAGGAUGGGUAGAGCAGGAUCCUUACGCUAUUUUGGAAGUAGUUACGACUUGCAUAGAAAAGGCUGUGGAGAAGCUAGAGGCAUUGGGAGGCUCGGCUAAGGAUAUUGUAGCAGUUGGAGUAACAAAUCAGCGAGAGACAACAAUUGUGUGGGACCGAAACACGGGCAAACCAUUGCAUAAUGCAAUUGUGUGGUUAGAUAUGCGCACUUCUUCCACUAUUGACAAGUUAUUAGACACAGUGCCUAACAAAACAAGGAAUAAAAACUAUUUAAAGCCACUAUGUGGACUUCCUUUAUCUCCAUACUUCAGUGCUGUAAAAUUAAGAUGGCUCAGUGAUAAUGUUGACGCUGUUAAAAAUGCCAUGAAGAAAGGAACAUGCUGUUUUGGAACUGUUGAUACUUGGAUCAUAUGGAACCUAACUGGUGGUCCUAAUGGUGGAAAGCAUGUCACCGACGUGACCAAUGCCUCUAGAACUAUGAUGAUGAAUAUUGAGAAUUUGAAUUGGGAUCCUUUGUUAUUGAAGUUCUUUGAAGUUCCUAAGAGUGUUUUACCUGAAAUAAGGUCCAGUUCAGAGGUAUAUGGUUACAUAGCUGACGGACCAAUAAAAGGUACCCCCAUAGCGGGCUGUCUUGGAGACCAGCAGGCGGCCUUAGUUGGGCAAAUGUGCUUACAGAAAGGCCAAGCAAAAGCAACUUAUGGAACUGGUUGCUUUGUACUUUAUAAUACUGGCGACAUUCGCGUUAACUCUGCCAGGGGUCUUUUGACCACUGUCGCCUAUCAACUAGGAAGUAAUAGCCAACCAUUUUACGCCUUGGAAGGAUCGGUAGCUGUCGCUGGCGCAGCAUUAGGGUGGCUAAGAGAUAACAUUGGUCUUCUGGAAAGCGCCAAGGAUUCACAAGGGCUAGCGGAGAAAGCAACCGAUAAUGGCAGUGUUGUAUUUGUGCCAGCUUUUAGUGGCUUGUAUGCCCCGUACUGGCGUCAAGAUGCGAGAGGUGUAAUAUGUGGCAUUUCUGAAGAUACGAACUCAAACCACAUCGUUAAAGCAGCCCUGGAAGCCGUUUGUUUUCAAGUGCGUGAUAUUUUGGACGCUAUGAACGAGGAUUGCGGGAUACCUCUUCAACUAUUGAAGGUCGAUGGUGGUAUGACUUCCAAUGCCUUAGUCAUGCAAAUGCAAGCUGAUUUAAUUGGUAUUAACGUCAUACGGGCUGGAUUCACUGAAAGUACAGCGUUAGGAGCAGCACUCGUUGCUUAUUGGGGUGUCGAACCUUCCAAACAGGGUUCAGCUAUACCGAUGACAAGUGGUACCACAUAUUCAUCUCUCAUUACCGAUGACGAGCGUGAUAUGAGAUACAAGCAGUGGAAAAUGGCUGUAGACAGGUCUUUAGGAUGGGAGCAAAACUAAAAACAAUAGAAGAAGCCUUAUACGAAACCGGACAAGUUCCAAUUGAAAGCAAUAACACAAAACAGACAGAUCACAUAUUUUAUAUAGUAAUUUACUGUACGACAGAGAUACAGCUUUAAAUAUUUAAGGCCUUUUUAUAACCAUAUCUCUACGAAUAAUACCUAUAUACUGUUAAAGUGCUAUACGUUAUAAAAAUCGCUUAAACGCUUGCGUUAGUAGGAAGUAAUCUAUGUUACUCAGCUUACGGCUACGGUUUUAUUUCAUUGGGAUUGUUUUCUAAGAUCAUUCAAACUUUUCUGCUUCUCGUUAGUAAUACAACCUAUAUUCAAGUACAUAAAAGAUAUUAAACUUGCCAUUGUUACAAUAUGAAUGUUACAUGUACAGUUAAUUUAUAUUGUUGUAAACAAAAAGUUGAUUUGCGGCCUACAGACAGGAACUCAUACAAGAACUAAAGCUAUUUAAAAUAUUCGUCCGGUCACUCCUGGUCAACGUGGGUUAGCAGAAACAUUAGG